GAUUAUUGCACCCAGACGGAGCCCGACUCACAAAGCGCCUGACUAAACAUGCAAGUCGGCUCAAAAGCCCGCGGACUCGUUAGGGUUUUGAGAGCACCGACUUUUCUCAACUCUAAUCGUUUUCUCUCUCAUGGUGUUCCAGCAAUUGAAGCUCCUUCUCACUCUUCUCGUCAACAAUGGCGGCCUCACUCUGCCUUCUCUUCCCAAUCCCUUCCUUUCUCUGGGAUCAUUCGACAACGCAUAGAGCAACAUUCUAUGUGUUCAAUGUUAACGGCGAGGGCGUCCUUUUCUUCCGUGGAAGUCGGUCCAACGGAGGCUGUGAAGGAGCUGUAUGAUAAAAUGCUCAAGUCAGUGGUUGCUCAAACUAUGCCACCUAAUGCUUGGUUGUGGUCCCUUAUUGAAAAGUGUGAAAAUCAUGAGGACAUUAAACUACUCUUCGAUAUGUUGCAGAACCUACGAAGAUUUAGGCUGUCAAAUCUCCGCAUUCAUGAGAAUUUCAACUGCAAUCUUUGCCGAGAAGUCGCUAAGGCAUGUGCUCGUGUAGGGGCCUUGGACUUUGGAAAGAGGACGUUGAGGAAGCAUAAUGUGUAUGGACUGACGCCUAGUAUUGGAUCUGUUCAUCAUUUAUUGUUAUAUGCUAAAAAGCAUAAUGAUGUUGGUCUCAUGGUUGAAGUUAUGAAACUUUUGAAAAGGAAUGACUUACCGUAUCAAUCUGGUACAGCUGAUAUUGUUUUCAGCAUUUGUUACAAUACAGAUAACUGGCAAUUAAUUUCUAUGUACUCAAAAAAGUUUGUCAAGGCCGGAGUAAAAUUGCGAGAAACUACAUUUGACACGUGGAUGGAAUUUGCAGCCAAAAUAGGAGAUACUGAAUCAUUAUGGAAAAUUGAGAAGUUGAGGUCAGAGAUGAUGAAGCAGCAUUCUCUUAGGACUGGAUUUUCAUGUGCUAAGGGCUUUCUACUUGAACGUAAGCCUGAUAAUGCUGCUUCCAUCAUUCAACUCCUCAUUCAGAAUUUAUCUGUGGCAAAGAGAGCUGGUGUCCUGGUUGAACUUCAAAAACUGAUAAGUGAGUGGUCUUUGGAGGUUGUUAAGCGUCAAAAAGAGGAGGACAGGAAGGCAUUGGCAGCUUCUUUGAUAACUGAUAUACCUGUCAUGGUUAGUCGUCUGCAAAACAUGGGGUUAGAGUUGAGUGUAAGCAUGGAAGAAUUAUCAAAAGAAGGUGCUCUAACUUGAACUACCAAGUUGCUGGAGAAUGAAUUUGACACCCAAAAGUCUUGGCUCUUUUGAUCAUAGAUAAAGAAGCAGCAUCUAUCAUGUGUAGAUAGAGCACUUGGACAACCGCUUUCUUUCACAAAAAAAUUGGAAGUUCUAAAGCUUCAAUAGCAUUCUUUGAUCACGAUGGAAACAUUAUUUAUCUCCUUUUUGGAUGUAUUUCAUUCUACUAACCGUUCUUUUUCCAAUUGCUUAUUGAUUUGUUCUAGUGUAAUUUUUAAAUCCGGUGGUUUACCGGAUGACUAUGAUAGUGUUUUGGUUGUGCUAUUUUGGUGGUUCAAUUCAAUGUAAGAGGAACGGAUAUCCAUUUUGCUGCUUUA